GGGAUAACAAAGAACGUAAAUGUUAAAGAAAGGAUUUGGGAAUCGAGUCAGAGACUUCGGAGAGACGGGGGAGAGAGAGAGAGAGAGAGUAGAGUCUCUUCUUCUGUCCAUGAUGGUAUGACAUGGAGGGAGGAGAGACUAGAUCCUAUGAUAUGGAUUUCUUUGAAUUGGCCAAGAUCAUCUUUGGUAGAGUCCAAAAACUGGAACCAGAGAAUGUUGUGAAGAUACUGGGAUGCAUAUUCUUGAAAGAGCCUCGUGGGCAAGAAAUGGUUCAACUGGCAUUCGGUCCCGAUACCAUGUUGCUCUCGAAGAUAAUCGAUGCCAAGAUCAUGCUUGGCAUGUUGUCCUCCAAGAGCUGCGUGCCCGAAAUGCAGAUCGGUUCCUACCCUCCUCCUGGAUCGCACACCUUUUCCUCUCCUGUGAAUUUUCAUGUUACACCAACUUAUUGGGAUCCUCAGUUUGCUGCUGAGCAGCAUCCUCCAUCCCAUAACUUUGAUUUUGUUCCACAAGCAUAUGCUGAUUCGUUAGCCGAUGAAUUCCUGCUUCACAAUCAGCCCCAAGCAGUGAAGCAACUGGAUUCUACUAACCAUAUUGGCAAUUAUUACUACUCGGAAGCUUCAUUGAGUGGCAGCAUGGCUUCGAGGACUACCAGGAGAUCACACAGCUUAUCGGACUUACCUAUCAAGGCUUGCCAUUACUUCAACAAGGGUUACUGCAAACAUGGAUCGAACUGUAGGUACUCGCAUGCUCAGUCGUUUCCAGAUGGUUAUUCUCAUGUAUUUAGCCCUAGCACGAAUGACUAUGUGAACGAGGACCACACCUUCAUGCCUAAGUCGCUUGAGAGGCUAGAAAUGGAGAUCAUAGAACUUCUGAGAUCAAAGAGGGGAAUGGCUGUGUCUACUGCCUCAUUGCCUCUGCUGUACUCUGAGAAGUAUGGAAAGAACAUCCAGGCCGAGGGGUACCUCACGGAGAGCCAGCGACAUGGGAAGACCGGUUUCAACUUGACAAAGCUGCUUUCUCACUUGAAGAAGAGCAUCCGGCUAAUCGAGAGACCACACGGGCAACAUUCAGUAAUUCUAGCAGAAGAUGCUCCGAGAUAUAUGGAGUUCAGGAAUGAGAGAAAUGAUUUAGCUUCAACAGUUUCUAGUUCUCACCAGAUUUAUCUUACAUUCCCAGCUGAAAGCACAUUUACCGAGGAUGAUGUUUCCAGCUAUUUCAAGCAAUUUGGACAAGUGCGUGAUGUUAGGAUCCCUUGUCAAGACAAACGUAUGUUUGGGUUUGUCAGCUUCGUCCAUCCUGAGACCGUCAACGUGAUUCUUAUGAAGAGAAAUCCCCAUUACAUAUGUGGUGCCCGUGUUUUAGUCAAGCCAUACAGGGAAAAAUCAAAAGUUAUCGACAGAAUGUACUCAGACAAAAUAAAGUCACACUACCCUUCUCGUUAUCUCGAUGUAGAUCAUGAUGUUCAUUCUGUGCCUCGAGAAUCUGAUACGUCAAGCUUACUUGGAAAUCAUCUGAUUGAGAAGGAAAUGAUGGAACAUCUCUCUGGAUUGAACCUGGCACCUAAGACACUAACCCAGCAUGAUUACUUGGGUCAUGGAGUGGAAGACUUGAAGGUUUCUGAAGGUCCUAGUAAUUUAUUUCUAGAUCACUUCAGCUAUUCAUUUGAUGCUAUGAAUAAUGGCCCCACAAGUUAUGACAAAGCUAGGCAAACAAGCAACUCAUUUGGUGACCAGGAAAAUGGCCAUGUUGAACUCCCAGAGAGCCCUUUUGCAUCUCCAUCAGUAGGAAGCAGCAUAUCUACAGUCAUAUGAAAUAAUCAGAAGACUCCAUUUAAAAAUUGGAUACAUCGGUUGACUCGGGCCAACUAAUCAAUGGAAGUUCCAUGAGCUCUAUACCCAACGACUAAGAGACAAGUGCUUCUCCAUUUGUUACUUGGGAAGCCUAGGAAGGCACAGCUACACGUUUCAAGGCAGCACCACACUUGUCAUUGUAUAUACUGAAGCAAAAUUUCUGUUUUCUUAGAAGAGAACGGCUAACUUAUCAUAUAGAUGAAAGACAAGGAGUAUCAAAGUUAGAAGAAACAAAGCUAAAAUAUGAUACAUGAGAUGGCAUACAGCAUACAUCACUAAUUGCUAAUUUCAGUGGCUAUUUGAGGUCAUGGCUUGUUUGUCCUGAUGAAAGAAGGGGAUCAUAAGAUGUGACAUUUCUAGUGGUUUGUGAUAAACAAAUGAAGCUGAAGUCCUCUGAAUGUGAAUAACUUUUAGGAUAUCUAUCUAUAGUAUUGCACAUGAUAUUGCAAAGAACAGUAGCUGCUGCUGCCAUUAUUGAGAUCUCUAUUUUUCUUUGUCC